AUGGCCGCCUACGGGUACCAGCCGCCGCUGUUCCCGUCCCAGGAGGGGCAGGUGGAGGUCCCCUCUGUGCAGCACCACCUCAAGCGGGCCCAUCGCGUGUGGAAGGAGGCCCGGGCUGCGUUGUCCCGCACGGCGACCAGGAACCAGCGGAUCGCGGAUCGUCGCCGGCGCCCUGCUCCUUCGUACGUGGUGGGACAGAAGGUAUGGCUGGCAACGAGGGAUCUUCGCCUGGCCGGCACGUCUGCGAAGCUGGGACCCCGGUUUACUGGACCAUUCGAGGUCGAGGCCGUCAUCAGCCCAGCUGCAGUCAAGCUCCGGCUACCACCCACCAUGAAGGUUCACCCCGUCUUCCACGUCUCCCUACUCAAACCCGUGUCUUCCAGUGACUUGGCUCCUCCUCCCACGCCGCCGCCCCCUCCGCGGGUCGUCGACGGUGACCCGGUGUACACGGUUCGUGCCAUCCUGGACUCUCGGCGCAGGGGAAAGGGGUUCCAGUAUCUGGUCGACUGGGAGGGCUACGGGCCUGAGGAGCGGCAGUGGGUGCCUCGCUCCUGGAUCCUUGAUCCGUCCCUUUUGCGCGACUUCCACACUGCACACCCUUCCAAACCGGGUAGGCCGCCGGGAGGCGUCCAUUGA